AUGCCGUCCGCUUCGCAAUCUUCGCAACAGUCCUUUACCAUGAGCCAGCAGUCGCAGCAGGGGCGUCCCAAUGCCUCGUUUCACCGCGGCUUCCCGGCCAACCCUGAAGGCCCUCAAAUCUACUCGGCCUCGUAUUCCGGAGUCGAUGUCUACGAAAUGGAAGUCAACAACGUGGCUGUUAUGCGGCGGCGCCACGACUCUUGUCUAAAUGCCACACAAAUUCUAAAGGUCGCCGGUGUCGACAAAGGCAAGCGAACCAAGAUCCUCGAAAAGGAAAUCCAGACCGGAGAGCACGAAAAGGUGCAGGGCGGAUACGGAAAAUACCAGGGCACUUGGAUCAAAUUCGAGCGCGGUGUUGAAGUCUGUCGUCAAUAUGGCGUCGAGGAAAUUCUCCGCCCCCUUCUGACCUAUGAUAUGGGCCAAGACGGAGGUGUCGCUGGUCAAGGCGACUUUAAUACACCUACCAAGGAGCAGGCUAUGGCUGCUCAAAGGAAGCGCAUGUACAACUCUAGCGCCGAGGGCAGACCGAAUGGCGUCAACGGCACAUUCUUCAAGAAUAUCUCAAGCACCGCGUCGCACGCUGUCGCUGCCAUUAGCAAGGCUCGAUUCGACUCGCCCAACCCGCGCAGCCGAAAUGGUCCCUCCCGUGCACCCAGCUUCAGCAGACAGCCUUCGAUGCAGAAUGGCGACGAUUUCCCUGGAAAUUCGCAGCAGAGCUUCGCCUCUGAAUACAGUCAGCACGUUGACUCUGCGUACUCGACACAACAGCCGAACGGCGUACCUCCUAUGCCUGAGGCUGAGCCCCCCCGAAAGCGCCAACGUGUCAAUAUGACUCCUGCGGAUAGCUUCGGCGGAUACGGCCAGAACAUGGACGCUUAUGCCAAUGCGUUCCCUGGAUCUCCCACCGAACCCAACGAGUCGUUCAUGUACUCGCAGAGUGCUAUGCAGGACCGCUCACCCAUCGAAGAGGCCAGCGGAUCGCAAGCACCACUACCGUAUGAGAUGUCUCCUGACGCGGAGAUGAAGCGAAACAUGCUCAUGAGUCUAUUCAUGGACUCCUCCACGCCUGAUUUCUCAAAACACGAUCUACUCCGCACUCUGACACACAGCGAGCUCGACAUGCCUAUUGACCCGCCAAGCCACACUGCCCUGCACUGGGCCGCUACUCUUUCACGGAUACCUCUUCUGCGAGCCCUGAUUGCCGCCGGUGCCUCUCCAUACCGAGUCAACUCUUCAGGCGAAACACCGCUUAUGCGCGCGUGCAGUGUAACAAACUCCAUGGACCACGGAUCCUUCCCUGACUUGCUCGAGGUACUGGGUGGAACCAUUGAGGCCAGAGAUCACAAAAGCCGCACUGUCCUGCAUCACAUUGCCGUUACCAGCGCUGUGAAAGGUCGGAAUGCUGCCAGCCGCUACUACCUGGAGAGCUUGCUUGAGUGGGUUGUUCGUCAAGGCAGCGUGCCUAGCAGCCAGAAUGUCGGCGUCAACGGAGCCGCACCCAAUGGUGCCCAGGUUACCAUUCCUAAAAUGGGUAUUGCUCGAUUCAUGACUGAGAUUGUCAAUGCUCAAGACAGCUGCGGUGACACUGCUUUAAAUAUUGCUGCCAGAAUUGGCAACAAGAGCAUCAUCUCCCAGCUUCUUGAAGUCGGCGCAGACCCUAACAUUGCCAACAAAGUCGGCCUUCGACCUGUCGACUUUGGUAUUGGUGUCGAGAACGCCGAAGAGAAGCGAAACGGUGAGACCACGUCCGAGAAGGCCAGCGCUCCUGGCUCGAGCCAAAAGAUGCGCGAGAGCAGCGACGAGAUCAUUGCUUCAAUCACACACCUCUUGGGCGAGACCAGCUCCGCUUUCCAGCAAGAAAUGAAGACAAAGCAGGUCAGCCUAGACUCGCUGCACACCAAUCUGCGCAGCACCUCGACGCAGCUCGGCGAGGCGCGCCGCAAGAUUGAUCACCUCACCUCAUCGGUGACCAAGCAGCAGCUCGCGCGCCGCAAGGUGUCUAACCUGGCGCACGCCCGCGAGGAUGAGCAGAUGCGGCUCAUGAACGAGCAGUCGCGCUCGGCGCAGCCCAACCCCUCAUCGUCAUGGGAGACGGAGCUCGGUGCCAUGCUCGAGGCGGCUGAAGAGGAGCAGGGCGGUGGAUUUGGCGCUGAGGGCAUGCUGCCGACUGCAGGCGUCCUACGCGCACGUAUUCGCGCCAUCGAGGCCCGCCGCGACGUCACCCGCAAAAUGGUCCAGGCCCUCCAGGGCCGCAGCCGCGAUGUCGAGGUCAAAUACCGCCGCGUAGUGGCGCUCUGCACCGGCGUUGCGGAAAAUGACGUCGAUGCCGUCAUUGACGGCCUGCUCAAGGCUGUCGAGAGCGAGCGCGAGGAGCUCGAGAUUGACCGCGUCCGGCGCUUCCUGGGCGGUGUUGAGGGCGUGGUGCACUAG